AUGAACUCGAUAAGACACGCCGCUCGGCGGCCAGUAUUCCGCUGCCUCAACACGCCUGCGCCCUUCCGCUCCAACCCCCAAUUCCGCCAAAACACGCGCUCCAGCAGGGCAGAUGUCGAGGCCAUACUCAAGCAAGGCGCCCGCCCCAAGGUUCCUCGCCCAGAUGAGGACUUCGUCUCGGUACAUCGCGCAGAGGCGAUACGUCGUGCUCAAUUGAUAAAAAAGCGGAACUGGCUCGCUCUGGGUGCUGCACUGUCCAUGAUUGCACCCAUGUUCCUCGUCAGGUUAUGGGACGUACCGCCGCUAGAAGAGAAAGGUGAGGAGCCACGCCGGGGCAUCGUAGAGAGCAUCAUGGGCCCACCCAUCCAGAACGACGCACCGCGCAAGGCGGCAGAAGACUUCCAAGGAAAGAAGGUGGUCAUCGCGGCAGGCGACAAAGUCAUCGCAACACCAGGCGGCACCGACAACCCGCAAGCCUCAGAUCCCGACGCCAUCGAGCUCGUCGAAACAGGCACAUCCUACGUCCCCUACUUCCCACGCACCAUCCGUCUCCCCACCGACGCCUCAGGUCCUGAAGCCAUCACCACCGACGCCGAAUACACACUCCUCGGUCUCGGCAUCCGGAAAGUCUCCUUCCUCCGCGUCCAAGUCUACGUUGUGGGCCUCUACGUUAAAACCGCCGACCUCUCUACCCUCCAAAACCACCUCAUCAACACCGUAAACCCUACCGCCUCUGCCCUGAUCCCUAAUGAGAAAAAGGACCUCCGCGAGUCCCUGCUCGACCCCGAAAAGAGCAACAAGAUCUGGGAGUCCAUCUUGGCCAAGAACGGCAUGGAUGGUGUAGACAUGGCAUUCCGUGUUGUACCCUGCCGCGGCACAGACUUCAAGCAUCUGCAAGAUGGGUGGAUGCGCGGAAUUGCGUCGCGCACGGAUGAGGUGAGGAGGAAACAGGCUGAGUUGAUCAGACAGCAGGCUGCCGAGAACAAAUCCAUUUCCUUGCCUAAGCCGGUUGAGGAGGGCGAGUUCCAGGAUGAGUCUUUUGGCCUGGCGAUGAAGGAGUUCAGGAACCUCUUCCAGGGCAAGGGCAAAGCGCCCAAGGGUAGUGUCAUUAUCCUGACACGGAAUAAGAGCGGGCAUCUAGGUGCGCUGUAUCAGCCUAUUGUGAAGGCAGCGAAUAGCAAGCAGGAGGUCAUGGGCAAGAGCAGUUGGUUGGGCGAGGUCAGAGAUGAGAGGGUUGGCAGGCUGGUCUGGCUAUUGUAUCUGGGUGGCCAGAAUGUUAGCAGCGAGCCAGCAAGGCAGAGCAUCGUGGAUGGAUGUAUCGAUAUUGUGGAGAGGCCUGUCGGCACACUAGAGACUAUGGUUCACUAG